GUCACUUCCACCGCAGGGUAAAAAACAUGGCGGCUGCCAGUGUGUCAGUUUCGGCACAAACACCGCUCAGAAAUGUAGUCAUUAAGACCGAGACAGAAGCCGGCGACGAUGUGCACAUUUGCCCGGAGGAGGUGCCGGUUAAGCGGGACCCCGUCGUCCCGCUCACGACCCCGGUCAGCGGGCUGCAGCCGCUCGCCUGGUCGCAGGACCACCGCCUGGCUGUGUGCACCACCAGCUCCGUGUCGCUGAUGGAGCUCGUGUGCGACGUCCACAGCAGCACACAGGAGCUGACGCUGCACAGGACCUCCAUCCCCGUCCCGACCGAGGCGACCACACUGCGGGUGGGACCCGCAGCGGAGCUCGCUAAAGCGGUGGAGACGUUCUCGACACACUUGGACCCCUCAAUAAGACAAGUUUUUAUGGCCGACAAAGUGAUGAACCCGUCGAUAGGAACACGCAAGGGAAUAAAAUAUGCCAGUUGGUCUCCGUUAGGCUGUGACUUCCACGGGCGCUGUCUGCUCGCUUGCCUAACACUUGACCACAGACUCACCAUUCACAACAGCCACAAGCGCCUGGAGUGGAACACGCUUGUUGAUCUCACCCAAAAGUACGGCGACAGGCUCAAGGAGCGAGGCUACUCCAGAAAGGACAACAAGCCCCCGCAGGCGAACCUGCUGGACUUUGACGAGCUGCAGCGGCGCUUCCGCAUGCAGACCCCCCUGAGGAUGGAGUGGUCGAGCGUUUACACGACCAAGCAGGUCCAGCCCAACAACACGUGCAAAGACAUGGAGAUGGUCCUCCUCGCCGUCCUCAUGGAAAACGGUGACCUUGUUCUGUGGAAGUUUGUGUUGCCCUCUUUGAGCGACGCAGGUGUCACGUUUUAUGACAUCGUCGAGUCGGGCGUGACGAGGCCCAGUGACCUGGCGUGGUGGGAGUACGAAAGCACCGACCGGCGGAUGAGCGGCUUGAUCGUCGGCAGCGAGGUGGGGCCCGUCAAGAUCGUGCCGGUCAGCCUGUCGGGAGUGAAGGGCUACUUCACCCUCCGACACCCGGUCAUCCUCUGGAAGGAGUGCGACGAGAUCGCCGUGGAGAACCUCAAAUGUGUCCCGAUGAUCCACCCGAUCAAGAAGUCCAGCUGCAGCCUCAUCGUGGCCUCGCGCGGCUGCUAUGUCUUUUGGUGCCUGCUCAUGAUCUCGCCGGCCGGACUAAAUGUGCACAACUCUCACGUGGCGGGGCUGCACUCGCUCCCCGUGGUCUCGCUGGCGAUCAGCCAACACAGCGUCGCAGUGUACACGUGUUCUGUGGACGGGUGGAUAAAAAAGCUGACGCCGACGUUCACGGAGAACACGUUAAUUUUCAAACAAGAUGACAUGUUGCAACCCGAGAACCUCUCCGAGAGGAGGAUUCACGGGAUUGCGGUGAGCCACAACGGAGCGUACAUUGCGCUCGCCAGCACGCAAGGUAUGGUCGACGGCUAUCAUCCAAUCGACAGGACUUACCAGGUUGACUUUGUGACCCUGAAAACAUCGGAAGCGGCUGCAACGCUGCUGCUCAAGUCCCCCACGCAGAACUUGUACAAAACGGCCGACCUGCUGGAUCUCGUGAGGUGGCAGAUUUUGAAAAACAAGUGCAUCCCUGCGUCGCUAUUGGACGAGCUCGACCGAAAGAUCCAGGCAGUCGACUCGCCCUACUUGUGGCGUUUCAAGCUCUUCUUGGUGCGGAUACUUUACCAGUCACUACAGACGCCUCUCACGGACCACUGCUGGAAACCGACGCAAGAGAAAAAGGUGUUUGUAAGGGUCGAGGAGGAGGGAGCAAAGGACAAAGAUGACGACGCGACGCUGCCGCAGGGGGAAGGCGAGCCCGGCCAAGUGAAGCAGGAGAAGGAGAUUCUGGAUGAGCAGAUGGAGGAGGUGCAGGCUUGGAUCAAUGCUGUGGAGAGCCACAUGAUGAGAGAAAACAUGAAGAAGGUGCUGGGGGUGGUGUACCUCAACACCUGGAUUGCUCAGAACACCAGCAUUCCUACCUGUGGCCUGGUGGAGUACCUCUCCAGAGACAGUAACGACAGAGCGUCAGAGGUCCUGAUUGGCCACAUCAAGAACAAGAUGAACAAGCAGACGUUCUCAGAGCGCUGCAGCCUGUGUCAGGCCGUGCUGCCCUUCUCGGACCACAAACAAGCAGUCUGUAAAAACGGUCACAUGUGGCUCAGGUGUGUGUUGUCAUACCAGGCCUGCCAGACGCUGACGUUCAGGCGUUGCCUCCUGCUGGAUACCAUCGCCAGACUGCCAGAGCCUGAGGAUCCAGAGUGGAUAAAGAAGAUACUGCAGGCGCCCUGCACGCUCUGCGACUCGCCGAUGAUCUAGAACCGACCGAUGGAAGGAAUCUCAGGGCGUCCCUGCGACCUCCAGAGCUUCCCGCUCUGACGCAGGGUCCACUUUUGUCAGACAUCACUGUUAAGAUUUUUUUAUUUCAUGUAGUUUGUUCACGGUUUAUGUCUUUACAUUGGCAUCUUAAAAGUUCAAAUAAAAGGCUUUGAUUAUG